CACAAGCUCCGCUACCGUAGCCACACUGCCCUGUCUGCCUAUCCGGAAUGUUCUCUUGAACAGGCAUCCGACUAGAUUCCCUCUCUGAUUUAAAUCCUGUUGUCCUCUCUCAUCUUCCCCCCCCCAACCCCUCCAAACUGAAGCGCAUUCAGAGCGGGUCUAGCUCCAAGGCUUUUAGAACGCCGGCUUUCAUUCAGAUCUGUUUGACCUAUUUCUGGUGACAGAACCGAAGAGAGAGAGAGGUUCCUGCGUCGACAGCGUUCGCGUUCUCUUGCCUGACGAGGAAGGUUUUUGACAGAGCCGCGGAACAGAAGGAACUGCAGGAACUGAAGAAAGAGGAAGGACUGCAAAGAACAACCGAUACAGACAGACGAGAAGACUUUGUGUGUCUGGACAAGUGUGUGAGGUGAAUAUAAAGAGACUCACACACGCACAGGCGCGAGAGGUGGCUACCACAGAGCCUCUCUCUCACCCUCUGCCCACCGGCGCGCGUCUCUCUCGCUCUCGGAGCCGGCUUCUCGCUUCUCACCGGGGCUCCGUACCCGCCGGGUCCCUCACGCUGGGGAAGGCAAACAGGCCCGCUGCCCCCCGCGCCCCCCGGCCCAGCUGCCCGCUGCGAACGGUCCAGCACCUGCUGCUGCGCAAGAUCGGCCUGCGUCAGACCUCCGCUGUCUCCGCCGCCGCCGCCGGCACUACAUCUCCCAGCAUGCAUCUGAAGAGCAUGAAGUGCAACCGCUUCUGUCUGAUCGCCUCGCUGGAGGACCCCGACAUGUUCAACCAGCCGCAGGCCCGGGCGAGCUUCGAGGAGCUGUUCCGCUCCUUCGACCCCGAGGCCACCCUCCAGUUCUUCAAGAGCUUCCGCCGCGUGCGCAUCAACUUCAGCGACGCCCUGGCCGCCGCAGAGGCCCGCGCCGCCCUCCACAAGAGCGACUUCCACGGCAAGGAGGUGCGCCUCUACUUCGCCCAGUCUGUCCAUAUAGGUAGCCCACGGCUGGAGCCUCCCAAGCCAGAUAAGCAGUUCCUGCUGUCCCCUCCUCCGUCUCCCCCUGUGGGCUGGGAGCAGGUGCCGGACGCCAGGCCCGUCAUCAACUAUGACCUGCUCUGCGCCAUCGCCAAACUCGGACCAGGCGAGAAGUACGAGCUGCACAGCGGCACCCCCACCACGCCCAGCGUGGUCGUGCACGUGUGCGAGAGCGAGCAGGACAGCUCGGGCGGCGAGGACGAGACGGACGCCGCCGCCCGCCGCCCGCGGCCCAAGAUCAUCCAGACGCGCCGGCCCGACUACCCCGACUACCCCGUAACGCAGUGAACAGCGUGGCGACCAAUCACAUCGCACCGAUCUCUCUCUCUCUCUCUGCUUUACGAUCACGGGGGGAAAAAGGGGGCCCUGACGACGGGAGGUGGGCGGGAGGACUGACGGCCUGACAUGGCGCGCAGUUGGUCCUCCUCGCCACUAGGUGGCCCAGAGUUGGAGGCUCUCCCUGUGUUGAGGGAAAUGGGACACACUGUACAUCUCCACCAUCUCACAGCUCGGGACUAGGAGGGGGCGAAGGGGUGGGGGUCUUCAUUGCAUGCAUUUAGAGGAAGAUGGGGUCAGCUUAGAGGGUUAAUUGAAAGAUUAGGUUUUUGAUUUGGGUAUGGUGGAUAUGUCUUGUGUCAUGGAAUCUUUAAUGUUAUUUUUUUUUUUUCCUUGUACAUGUAUUUUGUUUUCCUUUGGGGAGCAUGUCGAAUCCCCCAUACAGUGGUGUGGUUAUGAAAUUACAGUUUGUUAUAUAACAUUGUGUCCUCUUUUUUUUUCAUCGGUUACAAAAGCUGUAGGUAACAACCUGACUGACGCCUACACAUGUACCUUGGCGAGUUUACACCAAUAAGAUGCUGGAAAUGGUGCAAUUUCAGACUGUGUUUAUCCAUCUUUAAAAGAGAGACUUGAGUUCAUGCACAUAGACAAGUAGAAAUGCUAGAGAAGGUCAUAUUGUCUGAAUUUGUCUGCUUCUAAUAAUAUUCAAUUUUUUUGCCAUGAUAAGGUCUGCUUUUUGAGCUGUUUGUUGUGUAGAAGAAAACUAAAUGAAGAAAUGCAGACCGUGUAAGACCCAGGACGUGUCUUAAGGUCUCUCUUCGCCAUAGUGCCACGUAGAGUACUAACUCUGUAUAGAUUUUCUCAUCUUUUCUAUGGCCUGUCUCCAUUUAUCACAAAGAAUGUUCACUUGGACAUAUAAGUUUGAUUUUUUUUUUUUUUUUACAAAUAUGAAAAAGAAAAAAAAACGUGCGUGCGUGCCUGAAAUAUAAUGUUUAUCUGUUAGUUCUCUUCCUGACGAGAGCGAACAUCUACUGACGUGACGAGAUCUCUUCAGCCCACACCUCAUGUUCUUUUGGGGCCACACCCCGAGGUCUAUGCUUUUGGUAUGAGCAGUGUCUUUGCCAUACUUCAUUCGCAAUACUGUAUGUAAAACCUUGCAUCGGUCCAGUCAGGAGUUUCAUGUAUUAAAAGCAAAUUAAUCUACUUCACUCUGAGGGCUGAAACCAUGAUCUAUUAUAAAUGCACGUUUGUAUAUAUCAGAGUGUAUGUAUGUUUGUAUGUAUGUAUGUAUGUAUGUGUGUGUUUAAAGCCUUUUGUAUACUGUUCUUAACAUUCAGUUUCAAGAAAAAAAGAACAAAUAAAUCCAUAAAAACAGAAUAACGCAUUGAUUUGGUGAUGUGCGUGUGCACUACAUGAAGUAGUCAAGCAAGAUCAUGGUCCAAUGCAACUAAAGACUCACACGAUACAAUAA